CUUCUUGCUCUUCCCACAAACAGCGGUUCUCACGUCAAACAGCCUCUCGAGAAACGUGAUACUCGCACUACUGCACCAACAGGAUGUCUCUCGGUUGGGUCUGGAGCCACGUACUCGACCAUCGCUUCUGCCAUCAAGGCUCUAGGCAGCUCAAAGAAUGAUGCAUGUAUCUAUAUCAAGAGUGGGACUUACAAAGAGCAACUGACUAUCGACUACGCUGGCUCUCUGACUCUGUAUGGCGAAACCGCCGACACUUCAAACUACAAGUCCAACAGGGUUCUGAUCACUCAUGGACUCAGCUCUCCAGCUGCUGGUAGUCUCGAUGCAAGCUCGACGAUCAACAUCAGAGUAGCAAAUUUCAAGAUGUACAACAUCAAUGUCGAGAACAGCUUUGGGACAGAUGCUCAGGCUGUUGCGGUAACUGCCAACGCUGACAAGCUUGGCUUUUAUGGCUGCUCUUUCCUCGGUUAUCAGGAUACUCUUUACGUCAAGGCUGGCACUCAGUACUAUUCCAAUUGCUUGAUCAAGGGUGCUGUUGACUACAUUUUCGGUGACGCUUCUGCCUGGUUCGACUCCUGCACCAUCAUGAGCAAUGGUCCUGGUGCCAUCACUGCGUCAUCUCGCACAACUAGCGACGAGUCUACCUGGUAUGUCUUCAACAACGUCAACGUCGUGUCCGACGGCACAAACCUUGUCGGGAAAGUAUUCCUUGGACGUCCUUGGAGAGUCAACGCUAGGGUCAUGUUUCAGAAAUCACAGUUAUCAAACGUCGUUAAUGCAGCUGGAUGGACCGACAUGGCCGACGGCGCUACACCCAAAUACUACGAAUACAGAAAUAUGGGUGACGGUUCCAACACUUCUAAGCGUAAGUGGACGAUCAAUGCCACUGGUGCAAUCAGCAUCAACACUGUUUUGGGGGGUAGCUAUGCUUCUUGGGUCGAUCAGACAGGCACUGGUUUGACCUCAGCGGUUUCGUCUGUUGCCGACUCCAAGGCAAAGAGUGUCACUACCACAAAUCCAGCCUCAGCCAAAGGCCCUGUCUGCACGCCGAUUGCAGGAGGCUCUCCAAGCAAAGACGACACUCCUGCCAUCCACACUGCUAUCCAAAAGUGCGGGAAUGGUGGCACCAUUAUGAUUAAUCCACCCAAUGUCUUCCACUCUGUCAAGGGCAAUGCUCUCAAUGUUGCUUACUCCAACCUCAACAUGUCUGCCGCUCGACUAACAAAAUCUUANGGCUUUGACAUUGGUGACUCGACAUUCGUCACUCUCAACAAUAUCACUGUCCUCAACAACGACGAUUGUGUCGCUUUCAAGCCGGGCGCCAACCACACCACUGUGACCGGCAUCACUUGCACUGGCUCUCAUGGUCUUUCCAUCGGCUCGCUCGGCAAAUCGAGCGCUGACACAGUCGCAAACAUCUAUGUCUCAGACGCCACCAUGAUAGAUUCGACCAAGGCUGUCGGUAUCAAAACAUACCCCAUGGGCAAUGGUCAUGGUGUCUCGACCGUCACCAAUGUCACUUACAGCAACAUCAAGGUCCAGAACUCUGACUAUGCUAUCCAGAUCCAGAGCUGCUAUGGUGAAGAUGAGAGCUACUGCACGACCAAUGGUAACAAUGCUAUCUUGAAGGGGAUCGUGUUUGAGAAUUUCUCGGGAACUACUAGCAAGAAGUACUCACCUGUGACCAGUAACCUGAACUGUGGAGCCCACGGGGCUUGCGAUGUGAAGAUCAAAGGCUAUACUCUCAAUGGUGGUUUAGGGGUUGAUGAAGUACUUUGUGCCAACACGCCGGGAUCUUUGGGUGUUGCUUGCACGAAGGGAGCAUCUGGC